AUGCAAGAUGGUCACAUCCCAAAGGAUGUCCUAUACAGAGAGCUGGCCCAGCACUACACCUCAAAGACCUACAAGUGCAACCUCAAAUUGGCAGCCAUCGGGCCAGAGAGGUUCUACCCGCCCAGGUUUUGCAGUCUCCUUGGUUUCAACUCUUUUAAGGGACAAUGGAGCUUUUGGCUGAAUGGCGGCUUCAGCGUAGCAGGCUUCUGGACCCUACAAAGGCCCUCAACUCUACCCUUGAAUUCCCGAAGCUGCAGUUACGUCGGAGUUUUUCUGGUUGAAGGAGCUAGCCGUCACACACUAACCUUUGACAUGGCUCAAAUCUGUGAGCAGCUGAGCAGCACCCUUGCAACUCCAGAUCAAGUGGCAGAAGCGUACGAUAAAAACAUGGAAACUUGCAGGUAUGGCUGGGUCAGCAACCAAACUACGGCCAUCCUGAGACACACAAGCCAUGAAAAUUGUGCCAAGAACAUCACAGGGUUCCUUAUUCAUCCACAACAUGAUGUUGAUGACCAGUAUGAUGCCUACUGUUAUGACGAAACAGCAGCUACUGUCGAUAUGGACUGUUCUCAAGCCUUCACAGUAUCUGAAAACUUGACCUCCGCUGAAUCAGGUUUCUACUCUCCAUCAGAUUAUACCACUGCAGAACCUGUGUACACCACCGCAGAGGAGGACGCUGUCACCACAGACAUGCCGUACACACACAACACUGACCACACUCACACUCUACUGGCAGGAGGAGAGGACCUCGAACUGGACACUACGGCAGAAGCACCAACACCUCAGAGUGAGGACGAUGCUACUCACGCAGAUGGUAGCGACCUUGUCUACACCACUGUAAGCCCCAGGGAUGAAACCCCAGGCAAGGUGAGUGAAAUAACCACGUCAACCAACACUGCACAUGCAGAACCUCCAACAACGGGAGCACCAGUGGAAGACACCUCCCGGCCUGCAGUGGUGGAGGCAGAUCAGGGAGGAUCAGGGAUGUUUGAGGAGGACAAAGUCUCCACCACGACUGCUGUAGGAAAACCAGAAGAACUGCAGCCCACACCCAACAAUGAACAGGACGAGACGACAAGGCUGGAAGAGGACGGUCUGUUGAAGAGAGCAUUUUCUUGUUCACCAGUCCGCUCUGCAGCAACAAGCCAACACCCUUUUGUGAAUGGAAACGGUGGAGAUUCAGACGUGGCUGCGUCCUCUGAACAAAGCAGCGGCGGCACAUCAAACUGGUUGGUCAUCCUUGGAGUGAUUUUGGCAGUUGCUGCUACUCUCUUUGUGUGUGCGCUGUUGCCAAAAGAAGAGGUAUGCUGGUGCGGAAAACAGCAGACUUUAAUGAUAACGUCCAAAGACAGAGAGGGUAACGGGUCCACUGCGGCAUCAGGGUCCAAUGCUCAGGACAGAGAGCAGGAAAUGGUGACCCUCAUGAACAAGGAGAAGAUCCAGGAGAAUGGCAACAAUGAGGAGUUCACCGUCAUCACACUGGAGGAGUCGCCAGAUAAAGACCAGCAGGCGUGAGAGAAGAACGUAGCAGGACAGGAGGCAGGAAGGACGAGGAUUGGGGUGGGAGAUUGGAUAGGUGAGGGUUGGGAAUCCAAAUUUGACUGGACACUGGGGAAAACAUCACUUUAAGGAUUAUUGUAGAAGACAAAACUAUGUUUCAAUUAGGGAGGAUGCAAGCUUUAUAGUUGGAGGCCAAAGUCAUGUAGUAGCUCUCAGACCAGGUCUUCAGGUAUUCCACAGGAUGGUUAGCUGUGAUUGGCAGUCAAAUAGUGGCAUGCAUGCGCGGAGAUAUGGUGUGCAAAGGUGUGAAAGGUAUUGUUGAUAAUGGGAUUGGUAAAGGGUUUGGGAGGGUGAAAAACAUAAAGAUAGAAAUUCAUUGUUUUAAAAAUACUAUACAGUCAGUCUAACUGAGAAUAAUUGAACACUGAAAACAAUAUACAUAUGUGUGUGUGUGUGUGUGUGUGUGUGUGUGUGUGUGUGUGGUGUGUGUGUGUGUGUGUGUGUAUAUAUAUAUAUAUAUAUAUAUAUACACACAUAAAAAUCUUGCUGUUGGUGUUUUCUAUGUGAUUUUGGAAAUGUAUGUUUUCAGACGUGUUAAAGAAAACUGGGGAAUGUCAAUUUAUGCAGCUUUGAUUCCCUUUUUUUCUUACGUUGUGUAUAUAAAGAAUAUCUUUUUGGAAUUGCCUUAGCAAUAGCUGCCAGUGUUUUUUAAUCGUUUUGAGAAAAGAAAUGUUUCAUAUUUUAGAGCUAUUUAAUGAUGGUACCACUGAGGUUAAAUUAGGGUGGCAAAACCCAACAAACGGGGGCUGCUGACAUAGAGAGA